AUGGACCCGAGCAAGAGACAACAACAACAGAUGGCCGCUGUAAACCCCGGACCAGAGGUCGAAGAUUUUGCUAACGCUUUGGAUGCUUGCUUAAUGCCAGGCCUCAGCGUUCAAGAGAAAAAGGCUCGUGUCUUGGACCUUCCACGCAAGUACCACGAGAAUGCGAUCCGCCGGUUAGCACAGAAGCGACCCAAGAGUGCACGAGGCGGCAGCGAGGACAUAGACAUGGACAUGGAUGAGCGGUUGAGUAAUGGGGCCAAAACAGAGAACUCAGAUGAUUUAAAGCAGCUGGAAAAGGAGGUUGAAACGUGGGACCUUUUCCGGCGGCUUCUUCCUUUGCGGUAUUCGGAUUCGAAUGACGAGUCGAUGCGAUUUUCUCCAUUUUCGGCCUCAAAACCGGCACGACGAGACUACGUAAGCGAAUACCUCACGACUGACGGCCUUGCCUUGGAGCGUCGUGCUGUUCUUCAAUGGCUGCAAACCAAUUCUGCCUCUGGGCCAGAUAUCGACGACCUAGCUCGAAAACUUCAGCAAGAUGCGGAUAGAGGAGACAUAAUUGCUCACGGCUGGCUUCACACACGAUCAAAAAUAAAGCUCAGGAAGAGCAUGACAGCGUGGCCACAUUUGUUAGAUCGUCAGUCGCCCAAUGUGACAGCAUCCCAUCUUAACGCGGACGGCUCACCGCUAGUUACACACCUCGACCCUGAUGCCUCCACCCGACAGCGCCGCAAGUUGGAACCUCAAGAUGAAUUCUUUGAGCGGGCUAUAUGGCUUGGGUGCUUUAAGCAUUUGCGACGAGGUAGCAGCCUGAAAGAUAUACGUGAGUGGUGCCAAGAGCGGACGGAGCUGUGGAGGGCCGUCUCAAUGUCCGCCAUGCCACUGUCUAUUGAUGACAACCAAAGUCCCGCAUCGAAUAUUGACCCGUCAGCCUUGGCACUAUGGCGAAGAAUGUGUUUUGCAUUGGCCAGACAAGGGGGCUCCUCUGAUGACGAGCGGGCUGUGUACGGAGUGCUGUCAGGAGACAUCUUGAGUGUGGAAAGGGUAGCAAAGACGUGGGACGAUUACCUUUUUGCCAACUACAACGCCCUUCUUCGAUCACAAAUCGACACAUACAUGCUAUCUCAGUGCCCAUCUGAUGUAGCGUCAAACCUGACGCAAUCGUUCCCAUCAUUUGAUGCAGUACAGUUUCACGGUAACCAGGAGGGCAUUGAGAAGCGACUCAUCAUCUCUAUUGAAUCAAGACCAAACAUGGAGGCGCAAGCUAGGGAGCCCAACAAGGCCCUUCAGGCAUCGUUCAUUGCGAAGGAACUAGAACGUCAUCUCUUUGAACAAGGACAGGUGCUGACCCGACGCGCAAAUGAAUUCGAAAAGUCUCGUCUUGUUCGCAGGGGUCUUGGAGCCCUUGAUGAUGUUGUAGAGGAGAAGUAUUUCGAUUUUCCACAGCACAGCGGACUACGGAUUGUCGCUCACGUGUUCGUCCUCAUCGCCUUAUUGAAACGGUUCGAAGGCCAUCGUCACAGUUGGAUGGAGCCCGGGUUCCCUCCAGACAAACGAUUCAUCCAGGAGAAUAUCCUUGCUAGUUACACAGACUAUUUACGACGAUGCAAGCUCCAGGAGCUAAUUCCACUGUACUGCUCGGUCUUGGACAGCCCUCGAUCUUACGAAGUUCUUGCUUGGAAUGUCAUUGAAGAACCCGACGCAAACAAUCGCAUGACGCAACUCAAACUCAUCAAGCGCGCUGGAAUAGACGUAUUGGCGUUUGUGGAGAGGCAAGCGACCCUAUUAUUUGAUGAGCUGGAUCAUGAUGCAACCUCAUUUGCUGCCGAAAAAUUGCUCAACAUUCUAGGUGAUGGCCCAGCAACUGCUCGGCAUGGCAGGCCCAUCAAACCCGACUUCUUUGGGGAGGAGGAGGACGAGGUUGACAUCAAGGAUGUCCACGUCAUCCGAUCUUUAGAGUGGCUCCUCACGGUCAGCGAAACCUGGCCCCAGGUAUUUUCUAUUGGCACAAGAGUGUACAAAUUCUUCCUUAGGAACUGCCGGCUUAACGCAGCGCGAAGACUGAUGCAGAAGGUUUCUUUUAGCGAAGUUAUGCGAGGCAUGACGGAUCAGGACGAGGGAGAUGUGGCCAUGUAUGACGAUGUCAACUUCUGGGUUCAACAGCUGCAGCUGAGUGGUAUCGAAAACGUACGGCCAGAGCAGGUGAUGGCUGACGCGCGGAACUACCGAGAACUCGAGGCUCUUGUUAAGGCGCUCGACAACCUCGAGACUAUGGCAUCGCUCGUUGUGAUAUCUAGGGAUGCUGAUGCAUCCAACCGAGAUUUCUGGAACGGCGUGGGUGCCACAAUUGACGCGACCAAGGACAACAUGCAGCCCUUGUUGCGCAACUGGCUCAUAUCUGGCAUUGAAGCCGGCGACAAUGAGCUUAAAAGGCUCAGACAAGCAUACCUACCGGAGACGAUCCUGGCAUACGUCAGCGCGCUACACUUUGCGGGAACUGGCCUGACACGCGAUCACCUCCUGGAAUGCAUGGAAUUGGCUUCCGUCAUCGCAGAAAGGAACUCUGACCUGGCGGACGCGUUUUUGAGUGCCGGGCGAAUGACGGAACUCGUGGAGGCGUUUACAGCGUGCAGCAAGGCACUAGCUAUUGCAACGGGGGAUAGCAAGAGGCCUGUUGGCUCGGCCAGCAAGGAGCUUCGAUAUAUGGGGUGGUCAAGAGAUCUGUGGUCAAUUAGAAACUAA